ACGCCUUACUGAUUCAGUUUCUUAUGACUGUUUACAACGUAAUUCCGAUCAAUUGGCGCUGACAAACGAAAACAAGAAGACGCCAUAAUGGACACUUUUGAGGUUAGGAAAUUGAUUCAAACAAACAACACUGCGAUAAAGUGACAUUUUGUAUUGCAUUCAGUUAAUGAGAUUAAAGAUAUUAAAAAAUGACUCGACACGCUAGAAAUUGUACUGCAGGAGCAGUUUAUACGUAUCACGAGAAGAAAAAAGACGCGGCUGCUUCCGGAUACGGAACAAACUCGCAAAGAGUUGGUAAGGAUUCUGUCAAAAAUUUCGACUGCUGUUGCUUGACAUUACAACCCUGUCGAAUUCCUGUCAUCACAAAGGAUGGAUACUUAUUUGACAAAGAGGCAAUUUUAGAAUAUAUUCUCACAAAGAAGAAAGAGUACACUAGGAAAUUGAAAGAAUAUGAAAAGCAGAAACAAAAAGAGAAAGAUGAAGUGCAGGAAAAAACAGCCAACGAUGAGAUGGAAAAACUGCAAAAAUUCCUGAAAGGCGAGAAAAACAUAGUUUCACAAAACUUGGUUAAACAAGAAGUUGCAAGUUCUUCAAUUUCCAACAUGAGCAAUGGACAGGACAAGGUCCUCCCAAGUUUCUGGAUUCCCGCAAAAACUCCACAAGCGAAAGAAAUUACACUCCAGAAACCUGACAAGAACGUUUACUGCCCGAUCAGUGGUAAAAUUUUGAAAAUAAAAGAUCUCAUUCCAGUAAAAUUUGCUGAAGUGAAAGAUCCAGAUGACAAGCGAUCGAUAAUUGUCAAAGACGCUCGAUACAUGUGUCCAAUCACUCACGAUGUUUUGAGCAACAGCGUUCCCUGCGCAGUUAUAAAAACAACAGGCGAUGUCGUUACCAUGGAAUGCGUCGAGAAAAUAUUGAAAAAGGACUGGAUCAAUCCGCUCGAUAAUUCUAAAAUCACUGAGGAGGAUAUCAUUCCUCUUCAAAGAGGAGGCACUGGAUAUUCUGCAGUUAAUGACAAUUUAGAAGGAAAACACGAGAGGCCGGUUUUGCAAGCUUGAGUUUGUCCUGUAAAUUUUCCAUUGCCCGAAUACGAUUCUACAAUAAAGAUAGAAAUGAAUCUUCGAUAUUUAGCCAAGUAAUUUUAUUUUAUUGCUAUUGAAUGAGUCAUCUUGUUCUUAUUUAGCAAAAUAUUUCAGAAUAUAUGUGUAUAUUCGUCUAGAUGUAUAGAAUGUAAAAUACUGGAAGUUCUUCCUUGAAUUUUCGUAAUCCCGUAAGAAUUUUGGUCUAAUUUUCACAGGAUUCGAACAAUUUUAGUCUUAAUAAAUAUCUAAAAC